CGGGUCUCGUUUAGUGUACGUCCGUCCCGCCGUCUGUCUGCGUUGUGUCCUCGACGUCACGAGCUGCAGUCCUAAACCGGUUGGCUUUAUUUCGCAAAAAUAAAGUGCAUCCUAUUCUUUUCGUUCCAAUCACGAAACCCUUCCUUAAUUCACCAAAUCUUCCCUAUCAAUAAAAUCCAAAGUUUCAGUCUCUUCCUGAAUUUUACAAUUCGGGAGAUUGUGCUUUUUUUAAUCGGAAAUUUUAAAGUGGCUUUACAAGUUAAAAUUUGUGAAUCUGGAAUCUUUAAAAGUUGUGGUAAUCUUUUUGUUUGGAAGCGAAAGACCUUCUGGUAGUGAACUUAUCGAGCUUUUCCGGAUCGGUUUCCGACUCUCGGUUCGCCGAGGUUCUCCACUCGACGUGACCUAAACCUUGGCACCAACAGCUGAUCUGGACUACUGCGCCGAUGAUGAGGAAUAAAGAGGAGAUUUAGAAAGAAGAGGGAAUUGCAGAAAAAUCCCGGCUAUCUAAUCCUUGAUCCGAUUACGUUGACCUCCUGGAGGACAAAAGAGAUGAAAUCACGAGGAAGAAAUUUCAGGAUAUCCAAAGAAGAGAAUUUACACCAAUUUAGAGAAAAAUCAUAUUUAGUCAUCAAUGGACUUUAGUUGAUCAAAAUUCAGCGUUCUUCAGAAGCAGUAAGAGAUUUUGAAAAAAGAAAACAAUCAUGAAAAGAAAAAGAGAUCAGUGAUCUGGGAGGUACUUCGCCAAAAAGUAGGCGCAGCCUCCAAUAAGAGAGGAUGGAAGACUCUUCGCCUCGGAUUCGUCCCUACUUAGAUUCCUGGGAUAAUGAGGACAAGUACUCCGUGGCGAACAGCCAAGCACCUCUUCAGGGUGGCGAGGACGAACAUCCAGAAAGGGGCACCUGGACUGGCAAAUUCGACUUCCUAUUGUCCCUUCUGGGUUACAGCGUGGGCCUUGGAAAUGUGUGGCGAUUUCCUUAUCUCUGUUAUUCUAACGGAGGGGGAGCUUUCCUCAUUCCGUUCACCAUAAUGCUUAUCAUAGCUGGACUGCCACUGAUGUUUAUGGAACUCUCAUUAGGUCAAUAUGCAAGUCUGGGCCCAGUGGCGGCCUACAAACGUUUUUGCCCUUUACUUCGAGGCGUUGGAUAUGGAAUGGUUUUGGUCAGCUCGGUAGUGAUGCUGUAUUAUAAUCUUAUCAUUGCUUGGACGCUCUACUACAUGUUUGCAUCUCUAGCUGGAGGGGGUGAAUUACCCUGGAGCAAAUGUGACCCGGCAUGGAGUACUGAAGAUUGUGUUACGCCCGAGAUAUCCGACAUGUGCCUGGAACACAAUAUGUCGUACUACAAGAACGAAUGCCUAAAUUCGACGCAACUUGUUGCUAUGAAUCUCACCAUUGAGAAUAUCAACGCCAUCAUUCGAAAACCACCUGCCGAAGAAUAUUUCAACAACCACGUCCUGCGUAUGAGCCACGGAAUUGAAUCUACUGGUAGCAUCAAUCCAAAAAUGGCGGGCUGUCUUUUUCUAGCAUGGGUCAUCGUCUUCCUCUGUCUAAGUAAAGGAGUUCAAAGUUCAGGAAAAGUCGUAUACUUCACUGCACUUUUCCCAUACGCUGUUCUGAUAUUGUUAUUUAUUCGGGGUAUUAUGCUUCCUGGUGCCAAAGAAGGCAUCCUCUUCUACUUGACUCCGGAUUGGAGGCGUUUAGCAUCAGCAAAGGUUUGGGGAGACGCAGCGGUUCAAAUAUUUUUUGCUUUAAGUCCAGCCUGGGGUGGUCUAAUCACCUUAAGCUCUUAUAAUAAAUUUUCAAACAACUGCUACAAGGACUCCUUGAUCGUCGCAGUCAGCAACAUUGGAACUUCGUUUUUCGCCGGUUUGGUGAUAUUUUCCGUAAUCGGAUUCCUGGCACAUGAACUCGAUGUUCCAGUUGAUUCUGUCGUCGAUCAAGGUGCUGGAUUAGCCUUUAUCGUAUAUCCAGAGGUUGUAGCCCGGUUACCUGUUGCACCUCUCUGGGCGUUCCUCUUCUUCGUGAUGCUGCUGACUUUAGGACUAGAUUCUCAAUUUGCACUCAUGGAAACAGUAACAACAGCUAUUCUUGAUGGAGUCCCAUCCUUGAGGAACUACAAGUUCUGGGUCGUCUUUUCAGUUUCAGUUCUUGGCUACGGUGGGGGCCUAAUCUUCACCACCAAUGCUGGGAUGUACUGGCUCCAGUUGAUGGACAAAUACGCGGCAAAUUGGUCAGUACUUCUAAUAGCAAUCACCGAGUGCAUCCUCGUCGCCUGGGUCUAUGGAGCUGACCGUUUUCUGGAUGAUGUGCAACAAAUGAUUGGCCCACGAUGCCGAUUUUGGUGCUUCUUCUGGACGUGGAUGUGGAAAGUCGUAACACCAGCUGCACUUUUCUUCAUUCUUUUCUUCAACUGGGUUGAAUACGAACCCCUCAGGUAUGGCACUUACGUUUACCCGACGUGGGCUGACGCUGUUGGUUGGGUCGUUGGAAUUCUACCUGUAGUCGUCAUCAUUGGAAUGGCUCUAUUUCAGUUAAGAAAACGUCGUCCAAAGCCAACCUACGAUGAUGAUGAUGAUGAUGAUGAUGACGAUAAUGAUGAUCUGAAUGGUAAAAUUUCUCAAAAAAUUUCAAGUGGACGAAAGGGGAUUGAAGAAAGCGUCUGGUGUCGAGCUCGGAUGCUUCUUCAGCCAACAAUCGAUUGGGGUCCCGAUUCUCGAAAUACCCUGACACCUUCGAGGACCCUCACUUACAGUGCACCACCUGGAACACCGGGUGGAUACGAUUCCGUACGAGACACGAUAGUCUUGGUGAACGGACAGCCGAUGACAGUUCAACCUGCUUGUUCGAUGGGAGCCUCUCAGAAGUUACCAGGGCCAUCAAUCCUUAAAAAUUCGAGCAAAACGGAGCUCAUUACUUCCCAACAGGUUUGACCCGACAUUCGUUUAUAUUCUGAUGACUGUUCCUGAAAAUCGCAAUCUGAAUCGCUUCUAGUAGAAAGUGAAACAAAGAUCGUUUUCGCAACUUCUGAUGACAAAAUCGCAGGAUCGAGAGAAAAUCACAGCGAGUUUAACAAAAAAACGAAACAAAAAGGAGUGACGUUCGCGCUCCUUGAAAUCAGCACAGAUGUUUGAGAUUUCUUGAAAAAUAUCAGCCUGCUAGUGUUUUUGUAAUUUAUUCCCAAGGAGAGGAAACUGAAGGCCCAUCAAACUUGAUUAAAAAAAAAAAUUCGUGGGAUUUGAAGGAAAUUAAGAUGGAAGCUAAUUUUAGAAGCUCGAAAAUUUUCCAAACGAGCUAGUGCUUGUUAAAUAUUGUUAAAAGAUUGUUUUUUCUAUACUGAGUCGCCAGACGAUUUUUUUUAAGUCGCGCCUUUGUGAAAAAAUGGUAUGAAAAUUAUAAUAAGGAGAACAAUCUUGAGCAAUUAUCAAUUUCUAUGAAAAAUCGUUUUCGUGGAGAUACUACAGGAUUUCGAAAAUAAGCAGGUUUAGAGCGUAUAAAUGUGAGUUUUUUUGAGUCAGAGAAUGUGUGCUUCGAUGAAAGAAUUGGUGAGAGAAAUAGAUAUAAAUAUUAGCGAUGAAAAAAUUGCUAUUGUCCAGGUAUCGCUCCAUAGAUAAGUAAUUCAAAAUAGAUUUCUAUUGAUGUAAGUCGUAAGGAAAUCGUGAUUAAGAAAAGUGCUAAGUGUAUUUUAGGAAUGUACAUUUCAUGCUUACUAGUUGAAAGUGCGUUAAAUAGGUUUGUCAUGACGAGAAUUAUUAUCCUAGGACUAUGGUUUCACGUAAUA